AUUCCAAAGUACCAUUCUUUGUUUUUUUUUUGGUGAACAAGUACCAUUCUUUGUUUCACAUAUAACAGCACAACUUUCAUAGCUGCCAAACAGAAAGUUAACUUAUUUUUCUCCAUAUAACAAUACAGCUUUCUCAGCUGCCAACAGGAAGUUAACUUAUUUUUCUCUCAGCUUUUGAUCCAAGAAAAUGGCAGAGGCAUUGACAGAAGGUCAGAUUGCUGAGUUCCAGGAAGCCUUCUGCCUCAUCGACAAGGAUUCAGAUGGACUUAUUAGCUUGGAAGAACUAGCUACAGUGAUCCAGUCACUGGAUCAACGUCCCUCAAAAGAAGAAAUCCGGGACAUGAUUAAUGAGAUUGGUGGUGAUGGAAAUGGGACCAUAGAUUUUGAAGAGUUCUUGAAUAUUAUGUCAAGAAAGAUGAAGGAAAAUGCUGCUGAGGAGCUCAAAGAAGCCUUCAAAGUAUUUGACAGAGACCAAGAUGGCUACAUUUCAGCCUUUGAGUUGAGACAAGUGAUGAUAAAUUUGGGAGAAAGAUUGAGUGAUGAAGAGGUUGAACAAAUGAUCAGAGAAGCUGAUUUGGAUGGUGAUGGUCUAGUUAGCUAUGAAGAAUUUGCAAGGAUGAUGCUGCUCUGUUGAUCUUUUCCUUCUUUCUUAAUCAUGUUAUUAGAAAUAGAAAAAUGGAUUAAAACUAAAUCAUGUGUUUAAUCUUUAAUCCCAUUGAUUAGGAAGCAAUGCACAUUGUGCAAUUAUGGUUGUAACCAAUGAGAGGUGCCAUUUUACUUUUAUUGUUCACAACAUAAUUUGCUUAUAAUUUUUUAAAAUUACAGUUGCAUUA